AUGACUAUUAAGUUGGUAUUUGGAGAGUGCACUCUAAAUGUCGUUAGCGCUUACGCACCACAAGGGGGUUUGGAUGAGGAGGUUAAAAGGCGCUUCUGGGAGGAGUUGGAUGAGGUUGUGCGUAAUAUUUCGGCUGCUGAGAGGUUAUUUAUAGGAGUGAAUUUCAAUGGACAUAUUGGGUCGACUGCAGGUGGCUAUGGCGAGGGGCAUAGCGGCUUCAAUUUUGAGAUAGGAAUGCAGGAGUUUCUGAAGAGGGAUGAGCAUUUGGUUAUUUUCCAAAGUGCGGUGGCAAAGACUCAGAUUGAUUAUCUUCUCCUUAGGAUGUGUGACGGAGGGUUGUGCAAGGAUUGUAAGGUUAUCCCGGGUGAGACCCUCGCGACACAGAAUAGGCUCUUGGUGAUGGACGUCAGUAUCAUGGUAAAGAGGAAGAAGAUGUCUGCACGAGGACGAUCGAGGAUCGGGUGGGGAGACUUGACUAAGGAUACAGAUCAGCAGUUGGAAGUGGGGUUAUCGGCUAUGGGAGCCUGGUGA